GGUGGGGCUGGUAUCUAGCUUUCUACAGCAGUCUCUUUACCGUUUCAACUUCAUUCUGCACUCCCGGCGUCCGCCUCCUCUGUCCGCUUCACCUUCUCUCACCCAGACGCCAGAAUCAUGAAGGUCGCCAGUGGCAGCGCCGCGGCCGCCGCGGGCCCCAGCUGCGCGCUGAAGGCGGGCAAGACUGCGGGCGGCGCGGGCGAGGUCGUGCGCUGCCUGUCCGAGCAGAGCGUGGCCAUCUCGCGCUGCGCCGGCGGCCCCGGGGCGCGCCUGCCCGCUCUGCUAGACGAGCAGCAGGUGAACGUGCUACUACUCUACGACAUGAACGGCUGCUACUCGCGCCUCAAGGAGCUGGUGCCCACCCUGCCCCAGAACCGUAAGGUGAGCAGGGUGGAGAUCCUCCAGCACGUCAUCGACUACAUCUGGGACCUGGAGUUGGAGCUGAACUCGGAAUCCCAAGUCGGGACCCCUGGGGGCCGGGGACUCCCCGCCCGGGCUCCGCUCAGCACCCUCAACGGCGAAAUCAGCGCCCUGGCGGCAGAGGCGGCGUGCGUUCCAGCGGACGAUCGCAUCUUGUGUCGCUGAAGCGCCGCCCUCAGGGACCGGCGGACCCCAGCCCUUCAGGGGGCGAGAGGAAUAACUGUUCUCUGGUCCUUCCAAGCGCCUCGCCGGAGCUGGGGAGGAACAAGACAGAUCGGCGGCCAUUGGGCGCUUGCUGGAUCCAGCCCGGGGCUGGGGGACUGACAGGGCAGGCUGACCCUCCCUCCUCGCCCACCAGCCACCAGAGACUUGGGGGAGUCCCCCCGUGUGUUUCUAUUUUUUGAAAAGCAGACAUUUUAAAAAAUGGUCACGUUUGGUGCUUCUCAGAUUUCUGAGGAAAUUAAUUGCUUUGUAUUGUAUAUUACAAUGAUCACCGACUGAGAAUAUUGUUUUACAAUAGUUCUGUGGGUUUUGUUUUUGUUUUUUUGUUUUUUGGUUGUUAUUAAAUACUUUCGAUGGUGAA